GUGGAGGGAACAUAGGGUUGAGGAAACGUAUGGUGGAGGGAACAUAGGGUUGAGGGAACGUAUGGUGGAGGGAACAUAGGGUUGAGGGAACAGGGAUGACCCCACGAGAGCUGGCGAAUGUUUGGACUUAAAAUUAAUGACAAAUUGUUGUCGAUUGUGUUGUUAUUUCUCUCUCUCUGAUUAUUUCAACCUCCACCUCCGAGUUAAAGGGGCAGUAUGCGAUUUUAAUCCAGUUCACUUUUUGUAAAAUUCUGCAAAUACUUCCUCCACGCUCACUUGCGCCAAUCCUGUUUUUCAGCUCAGCGCUGGCUCUGUUAAUUGAAACCCAAAUGGUGCGGACCUCACCACACGAUGACGCGUGUGCAGUUUGUAAACAUCACUUCCCGAUACCUUAAGAGACAUGCCAGCAACAGACGCUACGUCUCGGGGGUUUUGGCUUCGUGGUAAGCGCGUCCAUCUCCCUCAAACCCGAGCCCACGACCAGUGCGGUCACACAAAAACAAAAACCAACAACAAACUAUAUUUCUCCUAAAAUCGCUCACUGCCCCUUUUUAAUAAGUGUUUGGUGAGAAGAUAAAAAAAAAACAACCAAAACAACCUCGACUGUGAGCUCACUCUGUACCGAGUGCAGCAGAUUGCGACGGCCUUGAGCGUCGGCCAAGUGACGGAACACUAAAUAACGGUGCUGUCAACAUGAUCCACGGUGCGUGGCCUAUAAAAUGCCUGUUCUCGUAUGAAUUGAUAUGUGGGUCAUAACGUGGUCAGCGGGGUGCGGUGGCGGCGGUGUGCUGCUCACGGUAUAGCUCACAUACGAAGACGCAGCAUAUGUUUACAGCAGCUGCUCACGUCGCUUGUGGAAGAAGGAAACGAAAAAUAAAAUCAGUGCAAGCUCCUUUUUUUCUGUGGGCCUGCGAAUCGUCCGAUGAGAAAGUGCAUCAUUGUGCCAAUGUUUCUGAGGAACUGUCACCGACUUUUGUGUUUCCAGUUGAUGAUUUAGGUGCAGAUGUGGGAAUAUGGCGCGGAGGAAUGUCGACCGGGACGGGAAUGCUGAAAGGGAGGAGAGAUUAAUAAUGGCGGAAUAUGGCAGAUUCCCUAGAGGCCGGAGAAAGACAAAAGUGCAAAAUGAAGACAGGAUUGUUGGGUUAAGACAAAUAGAAUCUGUUAUCGCAGAGCGACGGGUUGAACGUAUGGUUUGGGAAAUGAGACGUGCAAGUUUGUCCCAGAAGUAUUAAUCGCUUUUUUUUUCUUUUUGUUAUCUUUACCAAACUGUCCUCAUCUGCAAAUGCUUUCCUCCUUUGAAUCUUGACAUCUGGAGGAUCCCGGUGGAUGUGCAGUUGAAGCACGAUGCCCGGUCUCUGCGUGCUGUGCGUCGCCGCCGCGCUGGCCGCGCUCGCCCGGCUCGUCGGCGCCGCGGGGCCGGUGGUGCGCUGCGAGCCGUGCGACGCCGCCGCGCUGCUGCUGUGCAAGCCGCUGCCCAAGGAGUGCGCCGAGCGGAUGCGGGAGCCCGGCUGCGGCUGCUGCACGACGUGCGCCCUCGGCGAGGGACAGGCGUGCGGAGUGUACACGGCGCGCUGCGGCUCCGGCUUGACGUGCCAGCACCAGGCCGGCGAGAGCCGCCCGCUGCAGGCGCUGCUGGAGGGGCGCGGGGCGUGCGCGCCCGCCGCGUCCAAGAAGCUCAGCAGCAUCCUGACACCGGCGCAGAAACCAGAGAAUGGCGGAAAUCAGGUAGAAGAGGGUUGUGCCAACGCGACCCAGACGGCGACGGUGCCGCCCGGCGAGGCGACCGUGAAGGGUGGACACAGUCGGGGCUCGAUGGACACCAGGCCUCCGCUGCACAACAAGCUGAUCCAGAAGGAUCAGAACAGGAAGAAGCAGAGCUACAAGGUGGAGUCGGUGUCGGGCGGAGCCAACAUGGACAUGCACAACUUCUCCCUGGAGAGCAAGAGGGAGACCGAGUAUGGACCGUGUCGGCGGGAGAUGGAGAGCAUCCUGAACAGUCUUAAAAUCAGCAACGUGCUCAACCCGAGAGGCUUCCGCAUACCCAACUGUGACAGAAAGGGCUUCUACAAGAAAAAAACAGUGUCGUCCGUCCAAAGGCCGGAGGCGGGGAUACUGCUGGUGCGUGGACAAGUACGGGCAGCCGCUGCCGGGCCUGGACGGCCGGGAGCGGGGCGAGACGCAGUGCUACAACCUGGAGAGCAAGUGAGAGGACGGAGGGACGUGGAGUGGACGGAGAGAGAGAGAGAGAGUGGAAGGACGGAGUGAAUAAUGGGGGUUAGGGGCGGGGGAGAGGGAGAAAGAAAGAGAAAAAGGAAUAGAGCCGACUUUGCUCUUUGCAUGUAGUUUUAUGUCAACAUUUGAAGGAGCUCUGGACCCACUUCUGUCCGGGAGGGAGGGGGAGGGGCAAAGAGAGGAGCACGACGGGCCGAGCCUCCUGUCCGUCACAGCCGUCCUCGACCCUUACUUUAAAAAAGAAAAGAAAAGAAAUGAAGCUGGAAGCUGACGGAGAUAGGAGAAGAGAGAGAGAAUCUUAUCAUCUGCACUAUUCUGUUAGAGAGAGAGAAGGACGAGGGACUUUUCCACUCACUUUAAAGAGGACUCCUUUGUGACUGUGACCCCCCCCCCCCCCCGCACCACCACCAUUUAUAUAUACGUGUGUUUGUGUGUGUGUGUGUGUGUGUGUGUGUGUGUCUUAAUGUGUGAGCACCUGCAUUGCACACACACGUGCACAGCUGCAUGUGUGUGCGACGUAGCGAGUGAGUGGGAGUUUCUCUGUGUAAAUACUGUGUCACUAUAAGCUCAGACUGCCCCCCCCCCCCCCCCCCCACCAUUACACAAUGCAGGGAAAAACACAAAACACACACUCUCUCUGGCUCAGGGUCCAUUUUGAAGUGAAGGAUUAUGGGACGGCGUGUUUUCUAUUUUUUAUUUCAUAUCUUAUCCAACAUGACGGCCGCCGCUCCCCCCCCCCCCCCUCGCCCAUCAGCUGAGGAGGCAGGUAUGGUGCCUUUAAAAAAUAAAAAAAGGACCUCUCUCCUUCACCCUCGGUGGUCCUCACCUCACUGAAGAUCUACCUUCUGAGUAUCAAAUACCCCCCCCCCCUGUAUUAAAACCUUCACCAAAAUUUUGCUGAAAAUUCUUUUUGUCACGAGGGUGUAGCUACAAAGCUAACUGCUGACUGGCGUCAUAUUUUGGCAACAGCAUGAAAUCAUUGAAACCGACCGAUCGUCUUAAAUUGCAGACGUAAGUUGGAGAAGUUCACGUGGACGUUUUCCGACAGGAGCAUCUGAGACUCAGAAGACAGAUUUUUUUUUGUUGUUGGUGGAGUAUAAAUUUUCAGGCGCUGCCUCCCACGGUCCGUCCUCUGCCUCCCUCCCGCCCCCUGCUGGUCCUGUCCCCGCCCCACGUCCCCGCUCCCCCACGUGUCCUCUCACACACCUCGUCCGUCAUGAAGCUCCGGUGCUGAAGUGCCACAGGCCUGCAUGUCUCUACCCGCCCAUGUCCAAACCUUGUCCCCGUCUGUGCCUAACCCCGUCCCUGAAUGCAACCCCACGAAGCCCCCGCGCCCCAGCGCUCCCCUCUGGUCCUCUCCUCCAGUCAGUCAGUGGUGCGACCUGGUGUAGACUUGUUGAAACGGGGGGGCGAGCCCGGUGUGACCGCCUCGCUCCGCCGCAGGUGCCAGCUGCCCCUUUAUAAUGCUUCAAGCACAAGCACUUAAAGCACUUUAGCUGCGCCGCUAACCCGCCAGUGCUAUGCAGUGAGAGACGAUCGGAGCGACGCCUGCGUCGUCCGCAGACCGUUCCUCCGAGGGCACAGUGUGAUACUGUACAAGAAAAAAACAAUAGUAAUAACCUGAGAGGAAGAGACUUAAGCUACACCAGGCGAAACACCCCCCACACCCUGGAGAUAUUCUUUUGUUCUCCAUUCAAUGCAACUAUUUUCUUUUGUUGUUCUUGUUGUUGUUGUUGUCGUUGUAAAAAAAAAAAAAAUGCUUGUAUGAUCGUAUGCCAACAAAAUCUCCACGAGGUGGACACAGCACCAAAUAUGCAUUCACACCAGUGGUGGUGGUUGAGGGGGGAGGGGCCUGAGGGAGGAGGCAUGCCCCCCCCCGCCGACGGAGGAGCUUCCUGCCCCGAUGCUCUCCCACAUCCUGUGUAAAAGACUUGAAAAGUGGAGAGAGUGCCGACAAAGAAUGCUCGCCCAGUAGCUCGGUAGCACGGAGUCGUCAGCCGAACACUUCCUGUAAUAGAGAGCGCCGGCCCGUCGGUGCUCCGCCCCCAUCGGUGCUCCGCCCCCGUCGGUGCUCCGCCCCCAUCGGCUCCGAGACUUGACGCUACGGGAGGAAACACACACACACAAAUAUGUUUAAGCUAUUCCCUCCCUGAUAUUUGUACGUGUGUCUUUUUAUAUAUAUAUAUAUAUUAUGAUUAUUAUAUUAUUAUUAUUAUUUCCUGGCCAGCUAUGUGUCUGACUAGACAUCAUGUACAGUACUUAAAAAUGAAAAAGAAAAAAAAGAAUUAUUUAUCUAAGAAAGAAUUAUAAGCUGAUCCAAACUAGGUUCCUUUUUUUUUCCUUUUUUUUUCGUAUGAACAAUUCAGUGACUCACCGAUUGCACAGCAAAGUCUCUUAUGAUUCAGUGUAUUUUUAUUUUGUUGUUGUUGGGGAAUAUAAUCACUAAUGAAUGUUUAUAUAUUUUUUAAAUGAACCUUUUUGUUUUUUGUGCUUCUGUCGCUCGGCGGUUUGUCGUUCGUACGCUCCGAGUGUCGGCCUCGGUCAGGAGCUUCAGGUCACUAAAGGUCACGUCUCUCCAUCCCGCCACCCGGGGUCUCACUCUCCAUGACGUCAUGUCCCAUUUUUUAUUUUGUUUUAUUUUUUUCCCCCUUCGGUGGUCACAUAAAUAUCUUUGUUCGCGGGUAAAAUGGGUUUUAUCAUUUUUGUUUUUUGUUGUUGUUUUUUUUUCUUCCAAUUUUCAAGUUUCUCCUUCAAAGAUUUUAUUUUCAUGAUGCUACACUAGAAGAUCACACAGAAGAGAAGGCAAACGGUCUUGAUUCAAAAUAUAAUUUGUAUUUAAUGUCUUUUUUUUUUUAAUAAAGAAAAAGUGAACACACCUUGAAA